CAACUGACGUCAUUCAUGAUUACAACAUUUCCCAUCGCAGGAAAACAGAGAGCGAGCGAGACCAUCAGGCAGCGAGUGAGAAAGCGAGUGUUCUGAGAGUAGUUUUGAAAACAACUGUCUGUGGUGUGGAGUGUUCGCAUAUUUGUGCGAUUUUGUGGUGAUUGCCGUUUAAUAAAAUGGAUACUCCGUUGCGAGAGCAGGUGAUGAUCAACCAGUUCGUGCUGGCGGCGGGCUGCGCCCGCGAACAGGCCAAACAGAUCCUCCAGUCGGCCCAUUGGCAAUUCGAGACAGCACUAAGUAUAUUUUUUCAAGAUGCAGCUUUACCUACCUGUCCGCCAGGUGCUUCCGCACAUUUUGGCCAAGUGAUGACGCCGUGCAACACGCCAGCGACGCCUCCGAAUUUCCCCGACACCCUGCUAGCAUUUUCGAAAUUGUCGACGGGUAACGGAAAUAGCCCGGCUAGCAAUAACAACAACGGGACUCCUCAAGCCCGUCAAUCGCCACAGCCGACAACACAACAACGAUAAAAUGCAUAUAAUUCUAGUGCACCCGAAAUUCAGAUGAUGAUGCUCAGAGAACUAUAUGUAAAUUCAGUGACUGUAAUACUGUUAGUGGAUAUUUUGUUGAAGAAGUACCUAACCAUACUUCUAUUUUGUUGAAGUGGAUUUUUAUUUUAUUGAUGAGGGUUGCCCCAAUAUCAAGUCCAGCUAGAAUCGUAGAUUUGAUCAAGUGUAAAUUUAUUCACUGACAGAGUUCCUGCAAGUGCAACUAAGUAGGUUUCAGUUAUAUGUUAAGUAUUUAAAUGUCAGAUUCUAUAAUGGAGUCUUCAUAUCUCACUCACAAAAGACAACACCAUGGAUUCUUCAAUCGUGUUACAUGGGAUACAACAACAUUGACGAGUAAAGUAAAUUUUUAAAACAUACUGUGAUGGAGUUUGUUUUCAUUUUAGUACUGGAAGAGAAUAUUAUUUUAAAAGACCCAUGAAAACAGGGUUUAUUAUUUUCUAGAACAGCGCCGAUAAUUUAUUACGAGCAAACCAAUUUGAUUAUUUAUUAUUAUGCACCAAUUUACAGUUUUUAAUACAAGAAAUAUUUUCCUCACAUGUAUGGAUACAUAAUAUGUAUAUUAGAAUAAGAUAAUUUUAUUUGUAAAACUAGAAUAAUUCGACAGUGUAAAAUAUCAGAUCAAGUUAGCUAAUUCAAUGUAAACUUUUUACAGUUCUGAUAUUUUUAUACUGUGCCAUCUGUGCUUUAAAAGUGCAGUAUUAAAGUGGCAGAAUAAGAAGGUGCUUUUUCUUCUAGUUCUUAUAAUUCGUAGCUGGAUUUAAUGUAAUUAAUUUGUUUGUUAUUUUGUAUAUAUUAAGUUUAAGUUGAAAUUACGAGCUUAUAGCGGCUCAUCUUCCUACUUUCAACAAUAUGAUUAUAACAAUAAAUUCAGUACAAGUC